GCGCUGCAUUCAGCGAGUGCAACAAUCAGAAUCAGCUGAUUAUUUUGAUGUUUUCGUGUUGUGGCUAGUUGAUGUCGGCUUGAAUUUAUUUCGUAUUUACUAUCAACUAUUGGUCGCUGACAACUGGAAAAAUCAUCCGAAUUAUUUUGGUUGUGAUAAUUACUUUCAGUGCGAGAAACAUAUCCGAUUUUCCUCUAAUCCAUCAAAAAUGCUGCGAAACCGAGUUACAUUUGUGCAGAUAAAGAACGUUCGCCUUUUUAAUCAAAGAGUUUCGCCGUUAACGGAUGAAAUUAUUCGAGUUGAUCAUGCUGGCGAAUUAGGUGCUGAUCGUAUUUAUGCCGGACAAAUGGCUAUAUUGGGCAAAACCGAAGUGGGACCAACGAUUAAACAUAUGUGGGAACAAGAAAAGGAACACAGACGGCAGUUUGAAGAACUAAUCAAUAGAUACAGAGUAAGGCCGACAGUAAUGACGCCGGUGUGGAAUGUAGCAGGAUUUCUACUGGGAGCAGGAUCUGCUUUGUUAGGUGAAAAAGCGGCUAUGGCGUGUACUGUAGCUGUUGAAACCGUAAUCGUAGAACAUUAUAAUGAUCAAUUGCGACAAAUUAUGGAGGCAAGUCCAACACCUGAUAAGGAAUUAUUGGAGAUUAUAACGAAAUUUCGCGAUGAAGAACAAGAACAUCAUGAUACCGGUAUCGAUCACGGUGCGGAGCAAGCGCCUUUUUAUAAAGCACUUACGGAAGUUAUAAAAUUAGGCUGCAAAACGGCAAUAGCCAUAUCGAAAAAGAUUUGAAAUAACUUGUAGUUGUUGGUGAUUGUUUGUAAAUAAAUGAUUCUAUUGUAAUAAUUGUAA